AUCAAUGUGUCAUCAUCUCAGGGUUCCCACCUACAGUUUCAGGAGAACUUCAGUCUGUCGUCCAUCCCUCUGUAGACAGGAGUUGAGUCUCUUUAAGCUCGGCGGGAUAGACAGCAGGCCUCUACCUGCAGAAACUCAGAGCAGAGCCAAACAUCCAUCAGGAUUGGACGAUGAGGAGCGGAGUGGGGCUGUGUGUGCUGGGCCUGCUGGGCCUCUACAGCUUAGUCUUUGGGGAGGCCAAGGUCCAGCCUGGUGUCUUGAUCUUCUGUGACGACCCAUCUGUAGAGAAGGCUGCCAACAGCGCUGUGCACAAGUUCAACAAGAAGUUGACCACUGGAAACAUUCUGGCCCUCUAUCAGAUACUAACAGCCAGCAAGUCAGAGAAUGGCUCAGACUCGGUGUACUCACUGCAGUUCACCACCAGGAGGAGUGACUGUCAGGCUGGGAGCAGUAAAUCCUGGACAGACUGUGACUAUCUGACUACUGGACCCAAGGAGCCAAUUUCAUGCAAUGCCACGGUCUACGUGACAGAAACUGAAGCAGACACUAAACAGGUGGACUGCCUGCUCGAUAAUUACAUCGUUCCAGAGAAAGCUCCCUGUUUGGGCUGCCCGGAGGAGAUUGAUCAGUACUCAGAUGACCUUAGAGGUCCUCUUACUACCUCCAUCUCCAAGUAUAAUACCAUGUCUGACUCUACUCACCUGUUCACCCUGCACAGCGUCGGCCAUGCUACUAGACAGGUGCUUGCAGGUUUAAGGUUCCGGGUGAGAUUUGAUAUGAGGAAGAGCAUCUGCGCAAAGGACGAACACAAAGACCUCACCCUUCAGUGUGUCCCUGAUGAAAACAAUGUGGAGUUUGCCAACUGUAACUCCACUGUGGAUGUAGCACCGUGGAGACAUGAGCCCCCACAGAUCCAGAUAGAGUGUGAACAAGGGGCAUUGGCCUCGGUGUUUGUCAGGCGCCGUCCUCCUGGCUGGUCUCCACUCAGGAACUUUCUGUUUGAGGUUCCCCCUACACCCUCACUUCCCACUAUAGCAAAGCCCACAUCAUCGUCCUCUGCAGCGUCCCCCUCCAAGGCCUCAGCUAAAGAAGAAUCUUCUGAAGAGGACACCACAGCCGCCAAAACAUUCGGCUCCCCUGAUGUAGUAGUCUCAGCUGCAGACGACAGCCCCUUCCACUGCCCAUCCAAGCCCUGGAAACCGUUCAAUCCAGUCGACGUGGUGGCUUUAGCUCCUACAGAGGCAGCCGCAGAGGCCUCCCCGAAGCCUGUAGCAGACGGGACCUUCAGUGAUGCAGACCUGACAGGAUAAAUCUUUCCACAAGGGAAUCACAUUCAUAUUCAAAGAUGCACAUUUAUUUUGUAGACCAGUCCUGUGCAUUGUAGGGAUUUGUCUUUUGGAAUAAUCAUCUCUAGGAGUGCUACGCAGAUUUUUAAGUUAAGGUAAAUAAGUAAAAAAAAACAACAACAUAUUUUUGGGUCCUGUAACUCCUCAGAAGAACACUGUGUCAGUUUGACGUUGAGUGAAUCAAAGUAAUGUGAGGAAAUGGAUAAAAGUACAUUGGAAACCUGUCAUUAUUAAAGGGAGAGAUCUGCAAUAAAAUCAAUUAAAACCUUG